AUGGCUACCACGGAACAGUACAGACCACCGGGCCGAAGCAACCGCUCCGGUCGCUCCAAUGUCGACAAUGAUGUCUUUGAAGGGCUGCCGGUCAAGCAAUGGGGGCAGACAUAUGCCAAAGUCUCUCUCGCGCCCCCCGUCUCUGAAGUCGAAGCGGGAAAGGACGACAAGUGGGGCGAACCACCAAUGCCACGCGACUAUCAACUGUUAAAUCCAUGGACGCAACAUCUUCUCCGCCUGGCGCGUUCGGGCAAAGUGGGCAACAAACGCAAACAGGACGCCGAAGCAGACGAUGAGAAGGCCGAGGACGAGGCGCCCGAAGAGGAAAGCAAGCAGAGCGGCACUGAUGAACGGGGCUAUAUUGCCAAGAAGUGGAAGCCCGUACCCGACCAUUCUCUCGAGCCCGAACACAAGCAUUUCAGUUUUCUUGCCAAGCGGAGAAGAGGACUGCCGAGCCUGUAUGGCGUCGAUCAGCAGGCUGUCGUUGUGCCCAUGCGCAAGACAAAAGUGCAAAAGGCAGAUGUCAAUGGCGAGAUUGCCGUCUAUGAAGUCCUCGUGCCCGAAGGACAGACUAUUGAUGGCGAAAUUGCAGAGUCUACGGAACUUGCAGACGUGAAGCCUGUCACUGCUGCACCAGGUACUUUCAUCGAGGGUGUAGGUGUGGCAAACGAAGACGGGGUCAUGGUCGCCGAACAUUUGAAGCCAUCGGUUGCUCCCAGACGAAAUCGACCUCCGCCCAAGAAGAAGGGCGGUCCAGGGCGAGGCAAAAAGCGAGUGACGUUCACGAAUCCCGAUGGCUCGACAUAUACCAAGAUUGUGCCCAACGCCACCAAGAUUGUACCACAGCCUGGGCAGACCAUCAAGCAUGUCGCGAAAGGCGAGGAAGCCACGGCAGACGUCUCAGCUGUGGCGACUGUCAAGGAUGUCCAACAACAGCCGGGCGAAGGCGCCGAAGUGGAAGUCGAAGAAGGCUCAGGUGAAGAUGAGGAAGAAGGCGAUGAUGAGGAUGAUGAUCGGGAGGAUGGAGAGCUUUCAGAUGAAGAUGCGCCUGCUACUGCUUCCCAGACGCCUGCGAAACCCGAUCCCCACGGAGACUCACAGCCGAUGGAAGAUGUACAACCUACAAGCCAGCCGGCACCGACGGAAGAGGCAGAUGUGCCUUCUGCAACCGCAGCCGAGCCAGCACUAACACAAGAAGCAGGAGAUUCAGGGGAAGCUGUGCCCGAGGCCGCGCCUGAGACUGCGCCUGAGACUGCGCCUGAGAUUGCGCAUGAAAAUGCGCCCAAGACUGUGGCGGAAACCUCACCCACCAGGACUGCAGAGAGCUCGCCGGACCUGCCUCUUGCGCAGAGUCACAGCAGGAACGCGUCGCUGGCGGAACCAACUUCUCUCUCUCUGGAUACGGUCAUGACGGAAGCCCCUGAGGUCGCCGUCGCUGAAGAAGCUGAAGAAGCUGAAGGGGCCAAAGAAGCCACAGAACCCGCAGAACCCACGAAACCCGCAGAACCUGUAGAAGUUGAAGAAGCCAAGGGACCUGUAGAAGCCAAAGAACCCACAGAUCCCGCAGAGCCCGUAGAAGCCAAAGAAACUCAAGAACCCACAGAAUCCUCAGAACCUGAAAACCCUGCAGAAGAAUCCCAAGAAGCCCAGAAGGAGGAUUCCCAAAAAGAAGAAACCGAAAUCGCAGCGUCUCAAGAAACAAAACUCCCACCACCACCACCAUCUGAAGAAAAAGAAGAAGAGAAUUCUUCCGCGCCAGCCGCCGCCGCAGCCACCGAGGAGGAGGAGGAAGAGAAGAACCCCGACGAAGCCGAAGAGGAUUUGCUAGGGAAUUUGGAAAAGUCUUUGGCUUAGUAGGAGUCCAGAUAGUCAGGUAGAUAGGUAGGUAAUAAGAGGAGGAAAAAAAAGUCUUUGGCGUAGGACUUUUUAGCUAGUAGUAGGAGGUAGGAGGAGAAGGAGGAAGUACGUAUGCAUGUACAUCUGUUAAGAAUUUGUCAAGUCG